GCGAGCGCUGUGUAGGACGCGUUGUGGAGAGCCAGGGAUUUUAGCGCGGGCAGCCGAGCACCAGUCGGCGUUUGAUGUGAUCCUUAUGUUCCUCUCAUAGCGUUAAAGGGACAUCCGAAACGACGAAAGCUCGUACGGAGGCUGUUUUCACUCGCAAAUUUCUCUUGCCAGAUAUUGCUGACAGGAACUAUGACCGACAGGAAGGCUGUGAUCAAGAACGCUGACAUGUCUGAAGACAUGCAGCAGGAUGCAGUGGACUGUGCCACGCAGGCCAUGGAGAAAUACAACAUCGAGAAGGACAUAGCCGCAUACAUCAAAAAGGAGUUCGAUAAGAAAUACAAUCCUACAUGGCAUUGCAUUGUGGGAAGGAACUUCGGCAGCUACGUGACCCAUGAGACGAAACACUUCAUCUACUUCUACUUGGGCCAGGUGGCCAUUCUCCUCUUCAAGUCUGGCUGAGUCCAGGCCAAACCAGACCGUAGAAUGUAUCUCCAAUGAAGACUGUGACGCACUGGUGGCUGAUGUCAUCUACGAAUACUAAACAAGACCAUACCAUGAUUAUGCUGUCUGUGCACAACUGCAUGGAUCAUGUCCCAUACCACUUGUGUACAUGUUGCAGUUAAAUUGCUUUUCAUUAGAGGCCCAAGUUUUUGUUCCUGGUCCUUGCAGGAUUUUCCUAGCACAUAUGUUGUAAAAAUUUAAAAACGGGGUCGGGGGGAAAUAUAUACGUAUAAAGUCAGAAAAUGUGAAGCAUUGGUCAGCACUAUAAAUUUCUGCUGUAAAUGGAUAUAUUUUUGGUGACUUAGUGCUGUAAUACAUUGAAUGCCAUGCACUGGAUGUCAUUUUUGGGGUGAAGAAUAGAAGCACAUUUGUUGGUACAGUUUGAUUUAAAGCAUUCUGUUGUUCUAGAACGAGUGUUUGUGUCUGAAUACCUCUGCAGUAAAUGUAUAUUUUCUUUUCUUUUGAUGCUUGAGAGGGAUUGCGUUUGAGAGAACCCGUAUUGACUAUUUGAAAUGUCUGUCUGACUAUACAACGGAUUAGAUGUAAUUUAAGUGCACAUCUAAUAAAGUUCAAAAGCAAAAACGCA